UCACAUUCCAUUCCAUUCCAACACAACAUAAAGAAAUUGUUAUUACUACUCUUACACUCCAUUUCCAUCUAUACUAAUUACUAAGACAGAGCUCAUUCAAUUGACUCUGUUUCCUCUAUUUUCAUGCUUCCUGUAAUCAACUCCCCCACAAAAUCUACUACUGUGAUAGUAGUACUCCUGCUGCCUCUGUUGAGGGACAUGGUCGGCGACGAAGCUUUGAGCAAAACCGUCUUCCCUUUCGAGUGAGAAACGAAGAAUCAGACGUCCAAAACCCUUUCGGAAAGAUUUUUCUUUGAUCUCUUUCAGAUCCCAUAUAACAAGAUGGACUCAAUCAAUUUUUAUGACAUCAAAGCUGAGAAGGCCAAUGCAGUACUGAGGUACCGCCAGCUUAGAAAGAUUGGAAACCUAUUUCGGUUACUAGAAGUGUUUGUGGUUCUGCUCCUGAUUUCCAGGCUUUCUCUUCAACUCCCUAAUGCUGUCAUGAACUCUAGCUUCUACUUCCGAGACAUAUCAGGAAUCAUGUUCAGUCCUCGCUUUGUUUUCGUCAUUGGAAACAUUAUAGUCAUCAUCCUCUUUGCCAAGUCCGGCGGGUUUUCAGCAAAGGAUUCAAGCUCAGCUGGCUCAGGGGGUGAUUUUUACGAUGAGUUUGUUCAGAACAGUGAAAAAAAUCAGAAGAUUCGCGGAGAUGGAAUUGAGUACAAGGUCAAUCAGAGCACAUAUGAUGGUGCUAUAGUUCCUGCACAGAUUCAUAGUGUUAUGGAAGUGAAGAACUUCACAAGGAGUCAAUCAGAGAACUUAGAACGCGAGGUAAGCCAGAAAUCAUGCCGCCAAUUGAGGCGUUCCGGGACGGAGAAGUUAAAAAAACAAAUCAAGUCUGGUGAGAAGAGAUUGCCAGAACCUGUUUUUCCAGAAGAUGGCAUGAGCAAUGAGGACUUUCGCUGCAAGGUUGAGGCUUUCAUUGCAAGGCAGCAGAAGCUUCGACUACAAGAAGAAUACUCUGUGAUCUAAGAUUAAGGAUUUGAAAAUCUCAGUUACUGCUUUCUUCUUCUCAGCGUUAGCUUUCUGGGUUUCUACAUAUAUCUGUACAUUACUGUAUUAAAAUUGCAAUGUAAAUUCUUGUAGUUUUGUUCA